CUUCUGUGUUCUGUACGAAGAUGAAUCACAGCCAAAACGUACAACGCUCUAUUAAAUUGCUGAUUACUUCUCUCAAUCUUAGCCCCAGAGGAAAGGAAGGAAGGACCAUCUCUGAUUAAGAAGCUGGAAUCGGUCCCUGAUUCGGAUAACACAGCCAUGCCACUCACGUAAACCUAAUUUCUACUAGCUACAAGUUCUCCCCAAGAAGAUGCUCUUUCUCUCUGUCCCUUCCUAGCUGUAAUCUUCACAACAACUCUGUAACUCAAAUCACCUACAAGUAAUCACAACCUCUCUGUAAUCUGUACCCUUCUCAAACCCUCCUGCUUUCUUUUCCAUUUUUCCAUUUCUUCCACCAAAACGAAAACAAAACAUGCAUCGCCGAUUCCUCGGCAACGCCACAGAGCUGCCCUACAAUAAUGGCAACCGUACAGCCGAUUCCUACAUUAGCGAGGCAAAUUUCGACUCUAACAUGGUGAUCAUCUUGGCUGCUCUUUUGUGUGCCCUUAUAUCCGCCCUUGGCUUGAACUCCAUAGUGCGGUGCGCGCUCCGCUGCAGCCACAGGUUUGCCCUUGAGACCCCGGAGCAGGCCGCGGCGCGACUGGCGGCCAAGGGGCUCAAGAAGAGUCAUUUGAGGCAGCUUCCCGUGGCGGUUUACGGCGAAGGGACAGAUAUUCGGGCGACCGAGUGUCCGAUCUGUCUAGGAGAGUUUGAGGAUGGCGAGAAGGUUAGGGUACUGCCAAAAUGUAACCACGGAUUCCAUGUGAGGUGCAUAGACACUUGGCUUGUGUCACACUCAUCAUGCCCGAAUUGUCGGCAUUCACUGCUGGAGCAUCAACAACCGUCGAAGAAGACUAGAACUACUAGUCGUAGCAUCAUUGGUACUAAUUCUGAAGCAACAGAGAACUCAUUACCACCAACCAGUGAGUCUGACCAGGACGGCAGUGUUGUUCUGGUGAUUGAUGAAGCAAGGUAAAUACGCGGAUCUGGGUACGUAGUAAUUAUAUAUUUUACGGUGCUGGUAGAACUAGCGGGAACUAGUAAACAUGGUGUUGGUGAGCUAGUUUUGUGGAGGCUAUGCCAAGUAUCAAUUA